AUGCCUAUACCGUGUGAAGUGAAGCUUUCAGAUAUAACCUUCCUCGAAAAACUAAAAGAGUCGAAAUACUCCGCUAUUUUCAAAGUAUCCAUCCACGGACUUCUCCGUGUCAUGAAAGUAUAUCACAACCUCGACCUCUGCCCACCAGAAUGGGCCCCUCCAGACCGCGAGGUAGAUCUCUUCGUCUGCGAAUCCACCGCCUACCAGCGUCUCCACGACAAGGGACUAUGCAAGCGAGGACUUAUUCUUGAUUUCUACGGCACGAUCACAAACAUACAGCCCUUGCUCUGUCAGCCCAGCCUGGGCAUGUUUCUGGAAGACAAGCGCCCUCCAAACGCCGUUCUGAUCGAGUAUAUUCCCAACAUGCGGAUGAUCGAUCUAUCUAACUUUUCAGAACGUCGGGUGUCGGAGUUAAGGAGGAUUCUGCUCGAGGAUAUCCAUCCGGCGGGUGUACUUCAUGGGGACCCGAUGCCGAGGAAUAUGAUGGUUCAAGAUAAAGAUGGAAGAGUCCUCUGGAUCGACUUUGAUUCUGCGCAGACUUUCACGGAGGAUGGAUUUCUUACACCGAGACAAGAAUGGUGGGUUAAGGAGGAAGUCGAAAUGGUGGAUUAUUUUGUCGACGCGCUGGCCCGGGAUUGUGAAGACGGGAAGAUCGAUCGCACUCGCUCUUACUAUUAUGAGUGGUUCGGGUAG